AUGGAGUGCCCCGGCGACUGCGACGAGGUGGCGGUGGCGGUGGGGGCGGGCCCCGCCCCAGCCCUCGACGCGGGCGGCUUCCGCGCCUACGCGGACCACCUCUGCGUGUCGUUCGGGGCGAGCCACGGCAGCCUCGCGUGGCCGCAGGGGCCCCCGGGGCCCGAGGCGGGGGUGCCGCAGCUGCUGUGCCGGGCCUGCCGGCAGCCCGUGUUGCCCCUGCUGCCUGGCCGGCAGGGCCUCCUGCUGCCCUCGGGGAGCUGGCAGGCUUGCCUGGAGAGCCUCGCGUGCGAGGAGUGCCGUCCCCUGCAGGAGGGCCCUGGCGAGCCGGCCAUGGACCCGGGCAGGGUGUACGUCUCGCCGCAGUGCCUGCUGGCGCGCGGCGCCGACCUGGCGGGCACGGCGUCCGAGGGCCCGGACGGCCUCGUGCGCUGCGGCUGCGGGGCCGUCGUCGGCGAGGUGGCUCCAAGAGGGCCUCAUCUUAUGGCAUAA